AUGCCCUCGAUCACGAGUAUCCAUAAGCGUCAUGCAUAUGGCAAAGAUGCGUAUACCUACUAUCCUGUUCUGAUCAUCGGUGCUGGUGAGUCCGGGGUGGCAAUGGGAUGCCGCCUCAGGGAGGUUCUUGGGUUCGAUCAGUUUCGAAUCUUUGACAGGCAGUCCGGCAUUGGGGGCACUUGGUGGAUCAACCGGUACCCCGGUGCUGCCUGUGACAUACCAGCCUUGUUCUACUCUUUCUCCUUUUCUCCCAAGCAUGACUGGUCCACUUUGCACCCAUCAGGCCAGGAGCUUGCGCAAUAUAUGACAGAUGUCUGUGAGAAGUAUGAAAUCACAGAUAAGAUCCAAUUCAACAGUGAUGUGCGCCAGAUUCGCUGGAUUGAAGAGGAUGAAGAGUGGGAGGUGACACUCUCACAUCUGGUCCCUGGAACCGGGGAUCUAGCCCAGCAUGAACGUGAUCAGCGCGCAGCACAAGAUGGCUCUCAUAGUGUCUACAUCAAAACGGAGCUCGUGCGGGCCAAGAUUGUCGUCAGUGGUGUGGGUGGUUUGGUCGAGCCCAAAACAUGGCCCAAAGAUAUCCCGGGCAUCGAAGACUUCCAGGGAGAAAUCAUGCACACGGCGCGAUGGCGCGAUGACAUCGAUCUGCGGAACAAGGACGUGGUCAUGGUUGGUUCCGGGUGUAGUGCGGCUCAAGUCGUCCCGGAGCUGGCCAAGCCUGAAGCCAACGUCCGCUCCAUCACACAGCUCAUGCGCACUCCUCCUUGGGUACAGCCGGACCUCCUUAGUCCGAGGCUGCUUGCCUGGUGGGAGAGAUGGACACCGACCCUGAUGACCCAUGUUCCGGGGCUAGCGCGUGUUGUUCGAGCCAGCUUGUUCUGUUUUUGUGAAAAGAGCUUUUUGGAUAUGUUCACCGAUACUGCAUGGGGUCGUCUCCGGCGACCACAGAUCGAGCAAAAGUUCUUGAGAACUAUGCGUCGACUUGCCCCCGAGGAGUAUCACGAGAUCUUGACUCCCAACUACAGCCUCGGCUGCAAGCGACGCAUCAUCGAUGGUGCUUGGUAUAAAAGUCUCAACGCACCGAAUGUGGAGUUGACCACACAGCCACUGACGCGGGUUCAUGCGAAGAGUGUGACUCUUGGACCGGGACGUCAUUAUCCCCCCAACAAGAACGAAGCGGCCGAUGAAUUGCGAGAAAUCCCCGCCGAUGUGAUCAUCAUGGCCAAUGGAUUUGAAACCAACCGAUGGCUUCAUCCGCUGAAGGUGAUUGGCCGCCAGAAUAAGGAUCUCGAAGAUGUCUGGGGCGACAAGCCUGGGGCCUAUCAAGGUAUCGCGGUUGCUUCAUGCCCCAACUUUUUCAUGCUCUUCGGACCGAACACUGCCACUGGCCAUACGAGUGUGAUCUUUGCCACCGAGAAUGCAGUCAACUACAGCCUGAAUUUCAUCAAGCCCAUUCUGAACGGGCAGGUCUCGACGUAUGAGAUCAAAAAGGAGGCAGAGCUGGCCUGGACCCAACAAAUUCAAAACCAGCUGCAGAGGACCGUGUUCCGACGGGGUCUCUGCGCCAGCUGGUAUAUCACUGAAGACGGUUGGAACUCGUCUACUUACCCAUACACCCAGAUCCACUACUAUCUGCGCUGCGCGUUCCCGAUUUGGCGGGACUGGUCCGCGAAACUCACUCCAAAAGGGUUACUCCAAAAACGUGUCCGAAAUGCCGCUCAAGCUUUUGUGCUGGUUGCUCUUGUCGCGGGAUCCGCGUGGUUGUCGAGACACCCGCAACUUCAGACACAGCUAGUGCAGUCUCUCUUGGCCGGGAAGGAUUGGGUGUUGUCAAAUAUAUGGGCUUAA